CUUGGUCAUGAGCUGCUGGGAAGCUGUGACUUUCACUUUCCCUUUCGAAUUCCUCGGUAUAUCACGGGGGCUGGAGGACCUGUCUGGUUAUUAAACAGACGCAUAACUGGAGGUGGGAUACACAGAGCUCAGAACAGCUGGAUCUUGCUCAGUCUCUGUCAGGGGAAGAUUCCUUGGAGGAGGCCCCGCAGCGACAUGGAGGGAGCUGCUUUGCUGAGAGUCUGUGUCCUCUGCAUCUGGAUGAAUGCACUUUUCCUUGGUGUGGGAGUGAGGGCAGAGGAAGCUGGAGUGAGGGUGCAACAAAAUGUUCCAAGUGGGACAGAUACUGGAGAUCCUCAAAGUAAGCCCCUCGGUGACUGGGCUGCUGGCACCAUGGACCCAGAGAGCAGUAUCUUUAUUGAGGAUGCCAUUAAGUAUUUCAAGGAAAAAGUGAGCACAGAGAAUCUGCUACUCCUGCUGACUGAUAAUGAGGCCUGGAACGGAUUCGUGGCUGCUGCUGAACUGCCCAGCAAUGAGGCAGAUGAGCUCCGUAAAGCUCUGGACAACCUUGCAAGACAAAUGAUCAUGAAAGACAAAAACUGGCACGAUAAAGGCCAGCAGUACAGAAGCUGGUUUCUGAAAGUGUUUCCUCGGUUGAAAAGUGAGCUUGAGGAUAACAUAAGAAGGCUCCGUGCCCUUGCAGAUGGGGUUCAGAAGGUCCACAAAGGCACCACCAUCGCCAAUGUGGUGUCUGGCUCUCUCAGCAUUUCCUCUGGCAUCCUGACCCUCGUCGGCAUGGGUCUGGCACCCUUCACAGAGGGAGGCAGCCUUGUACUCUUGGAACCUGGGAUGGAGUUGGGAAUCACAGCCGCUUUGACCGGGAUUACCAGCAGUGCCAUGGACUACGGAAAGAAGUGGUGGACACAAGCCCAAGCCCACUACCUGGUCAUCAAAAGCCUUGACAAAUUGAAGGAGGUGAAGGAGUUUUUGGGUGAGAACAUAUCCAACUUUCUUUCCUUAGCUGGCAAUACUUACCAACUCACACGAGGCAUUGGGAAGGACAUCCGUGCCCUCAGACGAGCCAGAGCCAAUCUUCAGUCAGUACCGCAUGCCUCAGCCUCACGCCCCCGGGUCACUGAGCCAAUCUCAGCUGAAAGCGGUGAACAGGUGGAGAGAGUUAAUGAACCCCGCAUCCUGGAAAUAAGCAGAGGAGUCAAGCUCACGGAUGUGGCCCCUGUAAGCUUCUUUCUUGUGCUGGAUGUAGUCUACCUCGUGUACGAAUCAAAGCACUUACAUGAGGGGGCAAAGUCAGAGACAGCUGAGGAGCUGAAGAAGGUGGCUCAGGAGCUGGAGGAGAAGCUAAACAUUCUCAACAAUAAUUAUAAGAUUCUGCAGGCGGGCCAAGAACUGUGACCACAGGGCAGGGCAGCCACCAGGAGAGAUAUGCCUGGCACGGGCCAGGACAAAAUGCAAACUUUUUUUUUUUUCUGAGACAGAGUCUUGCUCUGUCGCCAAGUUGGAGUGCAAUGGUGCGAUCUCAGCUCACUGCAAGCUCUGCCUCCCGUGUUCAAGCGAUUCUCCUGCCUUGGCCUCCCAAGUAGCUGGGACUACAGGCACCUACCACCAUGCCCAGCUAAUUUUUGUAUUUUUAAUAGAGAUGGGUUUUCACCAUGUUGGCCAGGAUGGUCUCGAUCUCCUGACCUCUUGAUCUGCCCACCUUGGCCUCCCAAAGUGCUGGGAUUACAGGCGUGAGCCAUCGCUUUUGACCCAAAUGCAAACAUUUUAUUAGGGGGAUAAAGAGGGUGAGGUAAAGUUUAUGGAACUGUUAGGGACUUUGGCAUUUCUGUAGCUGAGCACAGCAGGGGAGGGGUUAAUGCAGAUGGCAGUGCAGCAAGGAGAAGGCAGGAACAUUGGAGCCUGCAAUAAGGGAAAAAUGGGAACUGGAGAGUGUGGGGAAUGGGAAGAAGCAGUUUACUUUAGACUAAAGAAUAUAUUGGGGGGCCGGGUGCGGUGGCUCACGCCUGUAAUCCCAGCACUUUGGGAGGCCAAGGCAGGCGGAUCAUGAGGUCAGGAGAUCAAGACCAUCCUGGCUAACACGGUGAAACCCCGUCUCUACUAAAAAUACAAAAAAUUAGCCGGGCAUGGUGGCGGGCGCCUGUAGUUCCAGCUAACUGGGCGGCUGAGGCAGGAGAAUGGCGUGAACCAGGGAGGCGGAGCUUGCAGUGAGCCGAGAUAUCGCCACUGCACUCCAGCCUGGGUGACAGAGCGAGACUCCAUCUCAAAAAAAAAAAAAAAGAAUAUAUUGACGGAAGAAUAGAGAGGAGGCUUGCAGGAACCAGCAAUGAGAAGGCCAGGAAAAGAAAGAGCUGAAAAUGGAGAAAGCCAAAGAGUUAGAACAGUUGGAUACAGGAGAAGAAACAGCGGCUCCACUACAGACCCAGCCCCAGGUUCAAUGUCCUCCGAAGAAUGAAGUCUUUCCCUGGUGAUGGUCCCCUGCCCUGUCUUUCCAGCAUCCACUCUCCCUUGUCCUCCUGGGGGCAUAUCUCAGUCAGGCAGCGGCUUCCUGAUGAUGGUGGUUGGGGUGGUUGUCAUGUGAUGGGUCCCCUCCAGGUUACUAAAGGGUGCAUGUCCCCUGCUUGAACACUGAAGGGCAGGUGGUGGGCCAUGGCCAUGGUCCCCAGCUGAGGAGCAGGUGUCCCUGAGAACCCAAACUUCCCAGAGAGUAUCUGAGAACCAACCAAUGAAAACAGUCCCAUCGCUCUUACCCGGUAAGUAAACACUCACUCAGAAAAUUAGCAUGAAAGCAGUUUAGCAUUGGGAGGAAGCACAGAUCUCUAGAGCUGUCCUGCCACUGCCCAGGAUUGACCUGUGUGUAAGUCCCAAUAAACUCACCUACUCAUCAA